AUGAAGCCGUUGAAUCAAAAGUGGCGACCGCUUACAGCUCGGCGUCCCCUUGCAGCCGCUUUUGUUUUGCCACUUUUCUUUUUGGCAGUGCUGCUGCUCACGAGCACAGGUGUUGUGGAGGGAUUCCCGUUUACGAAGUCCUCCGGUGUAGUGGAGCUGACGCCUGCAAGCUUCAAUCGGUUCGUGUCUUCACACAAGCCGGUGUACGUGCUCUUCUACGCCCCGUGGUGCGGGCACUGCCGCAAAAUUCACCCGGAGUGGGAGAAGUUUGCUCAGGCUGUUCAAGGCACCAUCCGCGUGGGUGCCGUCAACGCGGACGAGCACUCGCAGCUUGGGCACCAGUUUGGCGUUCGUGGGUUUCCAACUAUCAAGUACUGGAACUUGGGUGAAAAGAAUAUAAGCAAGGCACAGGAGUACGGCGGCCCGCGACAGGCGGGGGCUAUUCAAUCCAGCGCGAUGAGUCAAAUAAGUUCCGCUGGCAUAAAGACAAUUAAGAGCGGCGAUGCCUUGCGGAAAGCAGUGCACAUGGCACCUGAGAAGAAGGUGGUGGUUCUCUUUUCCUCCAAGCAACGUGUUCCUGCCAUUUUUUCUGUCUUGUCGCUCUCCCCACGUUUGAAGUCUAUGCCGUUUUAUUUUAUUGGCGGACAGGUGAAAAACGAACUCGCAGCGGAGUUUGGGGUGCAGGCCCUCCCGAGCAUUGCCGUUCUCAAUGCUACAGGCGGCAACAUCAGCACGGUGGUCUACACGGGGAAACAGAUAGCCUAUGAGCCAAUUGCGAAAUUCUUGUCGGAGUUUGCGACGGAUGUUGCUGACAAGUCCGCUGCCGCGAGUGAAAAGGACACAGAUGGAGCAGAAGUAAAAGACAGUGGCAAGGACAAGAAUAGUGCUACUGCUACUGCUGGGGCUGGUGGCAGUAGUCAGGGUAGGCCAGCGUUGCCCGUGCGUCCCGUUCGCUUAACCACAGAGUUAUUGGCGGACUUUUGUUUACCGAAAACACUGCGUACAAAUGGUCAGGCACCGCUGUGUGUGGUGUCACUUACUUCUGCGUUUACGCUUGACCGCGUUCACGACACUUUUCGCAAUGAACCGCUUAUAUUUUUUGAGGGGCAUGCCGAUCGAGAUGUGCUUAUUGCUGCCCUUCGGGGUGAUCUUGGCUUGCCGGAGGUGGCCGACAGUGUUAACGGUGCCGCGGUCCAUCAGGUGUUGUUAUUACGGGCAGCGAAGCGUGAUGUAAUUCGCUACAAGCUUCUUGACGGGAUUGAAACAGUCGAUGGCGUCAAUGAUUUUCUGCAGAAGGUCUUGACUGGAGAGCUACGCCUCGGGAAAAAGGUGCUGCGUUGA